CCAAUCAGAAGGCUGAGCUGGGCUUGGCUUAUAAAGCCAGAAGGGCCUCUCCACCUACUGAGACUUCAGAGGGCUCACCGCCCUAGGUUUCUCAGCAUUCAGGAGAGGUUCACUCCCUGGGAGAAAAGACUCAGGACGGAGAGUCCAUUUCUACAGACCCUUCAGGCGUUCCUUCUGGCAGAUUCUCCUGCAAGGAUCCCACUGAUUCGUUGGAACCUUUCCUGUUCCAGAAGCCCAGACCCGUGACCUUCUCCAGGGACUGACAAUGGCCCGGCUGAUGACAGCUCAGCUGCUGCUCUUUAUGGUAUGUCUGGCCGUAGUCUGGGCGACCCGGUCUAGGACUGAGCUUCUCAACGUCUGCAUGAAUGCGAAGCACCACAAGGAAAAGCCAGGCCCUGAGGACAAGCUGCAUUAUCAGUGCAGUCCCUGGAAGAAGAAUUCCUGCUGCUCCGUUAACACCAGCCAGGAAAUCCAUAAGGAUAUCUCCUAUCUGUACAAUUUCAACUGGGACCACUGUCCUGAGAAGAUGACGCCUGCCUGCAAACGGCACUUCAUCCAGGACGUCUGUCUGUACGAGUGCUCUCCCAACCUGGGGCCCUGGAUCCAGCAGGUAGACCAGAGCUGGCGCAAAGAGCGGAUCCUGAACGUGCCCCUGUGCAAAGAGGACUGUGAGCGCUGGUGGGAGGACUGCCGCACUUCCUACACAUGCAAGAGCAACUGGCACAAGGGCUGGAACUGGACCUCAGGUUUUAACCAGUGCCCAGUGGAAGCUGCCUGCCACCCCUUCAGUUUCUACUUCCCCACGCCUGAGGCACUGUGCAGUAACAUAUGGAGUAACUCCUACAAGGUCAGCAACUACAGUCGAGGGAGCGGCCGCUGCAUCCAAAUGUGGUUUGACCCAGCCCAGGGCAACCCCAACGAGGAGGUGGCUAGGUUCUAUGCUGAGGCCAUGAGUGGGGCUGGGCUCCAGGGCACCCAACCACUCCUGUUUAGCCUCACUCUGAAGCUACUUUGGUUACUCCACUAAGCUCCUGCCCUCUCACACCUGGACAUCCUGUGCUGUUCAGCCCCAGAUCCCUGCUAUUCAGUUCCUGCUCCUCAGUGGAAACUUUGACUGACAGAAUAAACCAGACACCCCCAUGUGUCAUGUGCAUUA